CUGGUUGAGGAGUGAAUGGGGCUGCUGCCGGGUUCAGGGUAAAUAGCUGUGGGGGGGGGAAAACACACCUCCCCCCUCCAAGAUUUCGUCACCAUGGAGACCCUCAUCCCUGUCAUCAACAAGCUGCAAGAGAUCUUCAACACCGUGGGAGCUGAGGUCAUCCAGCUGCCCCAGAUUGCCGUAGUUGGCUCCCAGAGCAGUGGGAAGAGCUCGGUGCUGGAGAGCAUCGUAGGCCGGGACUUCUUGCCCCGUGGCUCUGGCGUUGUCACGCGGCGGCCCCUCAUCCUGCAGCUGGUGCAUGUCGCGACACUGGAGGAGAGGCGGCGAACAGCCAGCGGAGAAAGUGGUGUCCAGGCUGAUGAGUGGGGCACCUUCCUGCACUGCAAGCACAAGACAUUUACUGACUUCAGCGAGAUUCGGCAAGAGAUUGAGAUUGAGACAGAGCGGACGACUGGGACCAAUAAGGGAAUCAGCCCCGAUCCCUUGUAUCUGAAGAUUUACUCCCCCAAUGUGCUCAACUUGACACUUGUUGAUUUGCCAGGCAUCACCAAGGUACCUGUUGGGGAUCAGCCCCUUGAUAUUGAGGUCCAAGUCCGGGAUAUGAUCCUAUCGUACAUCUCCAACCCAAACUGCCUGAUCCUGGCUGUGACGGCUGCCAACACGGACAUGGCCACGUCGGAGGCACUAAAACUAGCGAGAGAUGUUGACCCUGACGGGCGAAGGACACUGGCUGUGAUCACCAAGCUAGACCUGAUGGAUGCCGGGACGGACGCCAUGGACGUGCUGAUGGGCCGGGUUAUUCCCGUCAAGCUGGGCAUCAUUGGGGUGGUCAACAGGAGCCAACGUGACAUCAACAGCCACAAGAGCAUCAGUGAGUCCCUGCAAGACGAGCAGGGUUUCCUGCAGAAGAAGUACCCGUCGCUUGCCAACCGAAAUGGCACACGCCACCUGGCCAAGACCCUCAAUAGGCUGCUGAUGCACCACAUCCGUGACUGCCUGCCUGAAUUAAAGACCCGUGUGAACGUGCUGACGGCCCAGUACCAGUCGGUGCUGCAGAGCUACGGGCAGCCCAUUGAGGACAAGAACGCCACCUUGCUGCAGAUCAUCACCAAGUUUGCCACGGAGUACUGCAACACCAUCGAGGGCACGGCGCGCAACAUUGAGACCUCGGAGCUGUGUGGUGGUGCCCGGAUGUGCUACAUCUUCCACGAGACCUUUGGCCGCACCCUGGAGUCCAUCGACCCGCUGGCGGGACUUACGAUGCUGGAUAUCUUGACUGCCAUCAGAAAUGCCACUGGCCCGCGUCCUGCCCUCUUUGUCCCAGAGGUUUCCUUUGAGCUCCUGGUGAAACGCCAGAUCAAGCGCCUGGAGGAGCCGAGCCUUCGCUGCGUGGAGCUGGUGCAUGAGGAGCUGCAGCGCAUCAUCCAGCACUGCUCCACCUACAACACGCAGGAGCUGCUGCGUUUCCCCAAGUUGCAUGAGGCCAUUGUGGAGGUGGUGACCGGGGUCCUUCGCAGGCGUCUGCCCAUCACCAAUGAUAUGGUCCACAAUCUGGUUGCCAUUGAGCUGGCCUACAUAAAUACCAAGCACCCGGAUUUCAUUGACACAGCACUGGUCUCUGCCUCCGUCACCAGUUCCAAGAGUGAACCGGUGCCAGAUGGUACCCGGCGAUGGAAAAGCGAGAAAGUGGAAGACUCUGGCACUGAUGACCGGCCCAAGGGGUCCUCCCAGACGUCGGUCUACUCCAGCCCUAGCCGGUCCCACGCUGUCAACCUGCUCGACACGCCCAUGCCAGCUGCACGGAAGCUGAGCCAGCGUGAACAGCGAGACUGUGAGGUCAUCCGGCGCUUGAUCAAGUCCUACUUUCUCAUUGUGCGCAAAAGCAUCCAGGACAGUGUCCCCAAAACAGUGAUGCACUUUUUGGUGAACUAUGUCAAAGACCAUCUUCAGAGUGAACUUGUGGGCCAGUUGUACAAGCCUCAGCUCCUAGAUAUGCUACUUACCGAAUCCGAGGACAUGGCUCAGCAACGCAACGAGGCUGCCAACAUGGUCAAGGCACUGCAGAAAGCCAGCCAAACUAUCUCAGAGAUCCGUGAAACUCAGCUCUGGUGAGGUGCAAGCAAAACUCUGGAAUACUCCUUGUCACAGAAUACCACUCACCCAGAGCCACGCAUUCAUUCAUUUAUGAAGCCCACCUGAAUCUGGGGUGUGGUUUUCCCGUUGGGAGGAAGGAGAGGGGUUGUGGCCUUGGCCAGCCGAAGCUCCAGCACACGGCAAGAUGGCCAUAUUCCGUUAUGCUGGCCUGGCCUUUGCAAACAUUUUGGAGCCGACACCCCUGGACUAAACUGAAACCCAGCUUUCCUCCACGACCUCAUCGCUCUCCCAUGUAUUUCCAACUUCGCUAGUCUGUCACAAUUUAAACGGUUUUCUCCACUGCUGUAUUCUUUGGGUAGUUGUUGACUUGGGACCAGUCUUUUUAUUCGUGGCAGCUUUUGGCCUAGCUCCUGGCUCUCUGUUCUCCCCAGAUCUUGCUGCUCUUAGUAAAAAGUAAGAUGUGAAGUCAUUUGUCCAUGUGCGUCCGGCCAAGCCCUAGGUGAAUACGUUAGCUUGCAGCUGAAUGUCUCUCUGUGCAUUAUUGCCCUACAGGUGGAUGAAGGAAGACUGGCUGUACGAAAAAAUGGGCAGAGUAGCCUUGGAUAGGGAAAAGGCUACCCAAGUGGGGGCAGCUACAGCGCAGGAGUGGAUAAUGCUGGAUCUUAGCCUGAAGCACAUCUCCUCUCUCACCUCCUUAUCCAGCAGUCAUGUGCAAUAGUGCCUCUUCUGUGGUGGCUCCACCCGUCCUGCAUGCCAGUGGGAGGUGGGAGCCGAACAGUCCCCAAGUCUGCAUGCACCUCUGAGCCAUGCAGGAGCCAGGCUUGGCCUGCCAAUUUCAUGAAAUAAAUGUGUGUGACGUUA